CCCAUAAAUUACGCAUAAAUCCUAUAAAUAACCAAUUGACACAAAUUUAUAACCCAUCAAACUAACCAUGAAACAACCCAAAUAUCUUACGCCCAAAUGAAAUCACCCGCUUUAUUUACCGUAGUAAACAUGGGGACGAGACAAGGACAAGCAUACACGUAUCCCCAUACGUGUGAGAGGGGCAGAUGGGACCAUAGCCCCGCCCAUGGCACUUGAGUCCGCUUGGAUUGGCUUCGCCGCAAUCGCCAUCAGUCUUCCACGGUUAGCCCACAACACAAGUCUAUUAGUGACCUACUAAUUAAGUGAUGGAGGUCUUUGAACAACACAACGAGAUCUCUACAUCUUACAACAACAAGGAUUUCUACAACUGCUACAUAGACGUCGAGGACAAGAAAGAAGAUUUCCUAGAGAAGACUUACAGACCGAAAUUAGAAGACACAGGCCAUUUAAACACACCGUUUUCCGUCAAAGACAUACUCAACAUCAACCAGACGAAUAUAUACAACUAUGAAAGGACAGAAACUUGGAAAAACGAACGACGAUACGACUACAUGUACCAGCCUCAAACGUGCCCUGAAUACUUCGGACAAGUUUAUCCAAAUAUCCCUAUGCAAAACAUAGAGCCUUAUUGGAGCGAGCCUUACCACGACCCGAAGAUGGAAGAAUACUACAGCUACAACCCUUAUUGUCACAACGUGUGUCAGAGCUUUGAUCAGUAUGUCCUGCCUCAUGUAGAAACAAAGGAACAUGAGAGAGAGCUUCAUACGCCGACGUCACAGUUUCAAGACAGAUUUUCUGAGAAGACUGCGCCGCCUAUUGAGGACCCGCCGCAGUAUCCUGCCAUGGAGACGUUUGAGAAGCUGCCGACAGUGUCCAGGAGAAAUUCAAAAACUCCGACAAGCCCGUGCUCAGACAAUAUGGACAGAAAGGACAAGAGAGCCAAAAGAAAACCGAGGAUCCUGUUCUCUCAAACCCAGGUCCAUGAGCUUGAGAAGCGCUUCAACGCCCAAAGAUACCUCUCAGCACCAGAACGUGAAGAGAUGGCCAAGUACUUACACCUGUCACCCACGCAGGUCAAGAUCUGGUUCCAGAACAGACGGUACAAAAGCAAAAGGAUUAAACCGGAUGAAGUAAGCACAUCUACUGAUGCUAAACCAAGCAAGAAUAUAGGCAGGAAAUUCUUCAAACCAGAAAUUAAAGAAAAAGAAGACAUUAGCUUUGACACUUUUAAAUCUAUCGCUGACACAUAUGAGAAAGACGAAUCGUUGUCAACGAAUUAUUUCGAAGAUACCUUUCCUUACGAAGAGAACCAAAACAAGUUUUUUAGAGAAAAAACUGAGGAAAAAGUUAGUUCUAAUGUGGGAAUGUACUAUGCUAACCAUUCUUACGAGAUGCCUAAAGAAUAUAACGAUACGCCGGAAGUUAAAAAGUAUUUUUCUAAAUUACAAUUUGUUGACAGUUUUUAAUGUGGAAUUCGUUUUUUAGUGCUUAUAAGUUUUAUUGUUUCGACUGUUAUGAUUUGAUAUAUUCUAGGUUGAUUUAGGUAUUGGUUUUUAAGUUGUUUUUUGUAGACGUAAUAAUGUUAUACCUACGUCUAAAUUUUUAGUUUUCGACUGUCUUUAGUUAUUAAACGUCUUGCCUUAAAAUGUGCCAUUUUAGACUGAAUACCAAAGUAUUACAACUAUUUUGUUAUUAUGUCCUUAAUUUUGAUUA